CUCCGUCCUACACUGAGAUUCCUUUCUUAGGACCCUACUACUGUCCGUUCCUCUCAACGUUGUAUUUCUCCCAAACUUGCUCCUUGCGUUGGCUCCGCUGGAACGCCCUUGUCCCCGGGGCGCCAAAGUAGCCACUCCUAUCCUCUGGGCCACCUUUUUCCUCCCACUCGCGAGCAUAUGUUACACACAUUCACGGUCUGGGGAGGAGGUGGAGUGAAUGUUUGAAGCCCGUUUUACGACAACGUGCGGCUGCGCGGUGUGCCUGACGGCAACGCCGCACUGUUCUUGGGGAGGUCACUCCGGAGACGGUUUUGGCUUUGGGGUGUCUGGGUCGGUGGCACUAUGUGGCACGUCUGUGCGCGACGGGCCCACAAUGCGACCACCAGGCCAGGAUUCAGGGCUCAAUGGAUAGCCUUGCGGGAGGGACCAGGAGCUCCGUGCGUGACCCCGCGGGUUGGUCCAGCUCCGGUUCGUUGCAACAGCGCGACUACAGGGUAUGGCAGAGUCCGGGCACUCUGCACUUGGCGCCACAGCUUGUGGUCCACACAGCGGAAUCACUUCCUGCUGCAGCUUUUGGGAUCGCCUGGCCGCCGCUAUUAUAGUCUCCCCCCGCAUCAGAAGGUUCCAUUGCCCUCUCUUUCCCCCACAAUGCAGGCAGGCACCAUAGCCCGUUGGGAAAAAAAGGAAGGGGAAAAAAUCAAUGAGGGUGAACUAAUUGCAGAGAUUGAAACUGAUAAAGCCACUGUUGGAUUUGAGAGCCUAGAGGAGUGUUACAUGGCAAAGAUACUUGUUGCUGAAGGUACCAGAGAUGUUCCAGUUGGAUCGAUCAUCUGUAUCACAGUUGAAAAACCUGAGGAUAUUGAGGCCUUUAAAAAUUAUACCCUGGAUUCCUCAGCAGCACCUACCCCACAAGCAGCCCCAGCACCAACCCCUGCUGCUGCUCCUUCACCACCUACACCUUCUGCGCAGGCUCCUGGUAGCUCGUAUCCCACUCACAUGCAGGUGGUUCUUCCUGCCCUCUCUCCCACCAUGACCAUGGGCACAGUACAGAGAUGGGAAAAAAAAGUGGGUGAGAAGCUAAGUGAAGGAGACUUAUUGGCAGAGAUAGAGACUGACAAGGCCACUAUAGGUUUUGAAGUACAAGAAGAAGGUUACCUAGCAAAAAUCCUGAUCCCAGAAGGCACUAGAGAUGUCCCCCUAGGAACGCCACUCUGUAUCAUUGUAGAAAAAGAGGCAGAUAUACCAGCAUUUACUGACUAUAGGCCAACUGAAGUAACUGAUUUAAAACCACAAGCACCACCACCUAUUCCACCCCCGGUGGCCCCUGUUCCUCCAGCGCCCCAACCUGUAGCCCCUACACCAUCAGUCACCCGCCCAGCUACUCCUGCUGGACCAAAGGGAAGGGUGUUUGUUAGCCCUCUUGCAAAGAAAUUGGCAGCAGAGAAAGGGAUUGACCUUACACAAGUAAAAGGGACGGGACCAGAAGGCAGAAUCAUCAAGAAGGACAUCGACUCUUUUGUGCCUACUAAAGCUGCUCCUGCUCCAGGAGCUGUUGCUGUGCCUCCCCCGGGUCCAGGAGUGGCACCAGUUCCUACAGGUGUUUUCACAGAUAUCCCCAUCAGCAACAUUCGUCGAGUUAUUGCACAGCGGUUAAUGCAAUCUAAGCAAACCAUACCUCAUUAUUACCUUUCUAUUGAUGUAAAUGUAGGAGAAGUUUUGUUGGUACGGAAAGAACUUAAUAAGAUGUUAGAAGGGAAAAGCAAAAUUUCCGUCAAUGACUUCAUCAUAAAAGCUUCAGCUUUGGCAUGUUUAAAAGUUCCUGAAGCAAAUUCUUCUUGGCUGGACACAGUUAUAAGACAAAAUCAUGUUGUUGAUAUCAGUGUUGCAGUCAGUACUCCUGCAGGACUCAUCACACCUAUUGUAUUUAAUGCACAUAUAAAAGGACUGGAAACCAUUGCUAAUGAUGUUCUUUCUUUAGCAACCAAAGCACGAGAAGGUAAACUGCAGCCACACGAAUUCCAGGGUGGCACUUUUACAAUCUCCAAUUUAGGAAUGUUUGGAAUUAAAAACUUCUCUGCUAUUAUUAACCCACCUCAAGCAUGUAUCUUGGCAGUUGGUGCUUCAGAGGAUAGACUAGUUCCAGCAGAUAAUGAAAAAGGAUUUGAUGUGGCUAGCAUGAUGUCUGUCACACUCAGUUGUGAUCAUCGGGUUGUGGAUGGAGCAGUUGGAGCCCAGUGGCUUGCUGAGUUUAGAAAGUACCUUGAAAAACCUAUCAGCAUGUUGUUAUAGUAAACCCAAGAAUUUCUGGACUCUCCCAGGUCACAGUGGUUGAUUCUUACCAAGAUAUAAAUAUGUUAUUAAACAGGUGGUUCUUUUUAUUUCAAAGCUAA